GGUGAUGUCACUGUCUUUUUUGCUGUUAAAAACUCUCCUCCCCAAUUUAUUCUCACAAAGGACACACUCAGAGAGAGGGAACUAGAGUAGAGAGAAAGAGGUGAUAAACAAGGAGCUUCUGUUUGUAGCUUGUAGCUACCAACAAGUUAGAAAACACUCACUUUGCUUUAGCUCAGAUAACUGGUUUGGUUAGCCAUGAACAACAGUGUUCCUGAUUGGAAUUUUGAGAGUGAUACCUUGAUCACCAAUCAAAAGAAGAAUACGGGGUUGGACCAAGAACUUGUAGAACUCCUAUGGCAAAAUGGCCAGGUAGUAUUGCACAGCCAAACACAUAGGAAACCAGUUGUGGAUUCAUUCACUUCAAGACAGGUUCAGAAAAAUUUUCAAUCAACACUGAAGACUAAUGAGCCAUUUGCAAACUCGAGUAACUUGAUUCAAGAUGAUGAGACAGUCUCAUGGAUCCAAUACCCUCUUGAGGAUCCUUUGGAACAAGAAUUCUGUUCAAACCUUUUAUCUGAAAUGCCACCUUCUGAAGUUGAGUCUUAUAAGCAAAUCAGGCAAUUUGAAGAGGGAAAGUUUUCCAAAUUGGAAGCUUCUAGUGCUCCCCACCAUGUUCCUGUAAGUUCACAAUCACCUAAUAUGAAACCCUCUGGUGUUCAUGAAUUCUCAGGAAUUCCUAUGCCUGCCCCAAGAUUCCAUGUUUCUGAUUCAUCUCAGAAAAACAAUAACUUGGGUGGAUCACACAAGGUCCUAAACUUUUCUCACUUUUCAGCACCCCCCAAUGUUUCUUCAGCAUCUGCUAAUGCACAUUUAAGAGACAAAAUUACUGGUAAUAAUAUGCCAAAAAGUGAAAUUAGAGAGUGCUCAGUGAUGACAGUUGGUUCAAGUUAUUGUGGUAGCAAUCAAAUCCCCCAAGACCCAGAUGUAAGCCGGGCAUCGAGCAAUGGGGGUUGGACUACUACUUUAACAGCCGAACCUGAAGCUGUAAGAGAUGAUGGUCAAAGAACACUUCCUCAGAAUGAGAAAGGGAAAUCAGAUAUGCUUGAACCAACUAUGACUUCAUCUUCUGGUGGCUCUGGCAGUAGUCUUGGAAAAACUUGUUCUCUAUCUACAAGAAACCAGGGCCAAAAAAGGAAAGGGAUAGAUGUAGAAGACUCAGAGGAACAAAGUGAGGACACAGAACUCAAAUCUGCAGUUCGAAACAAGGCAUCUCAACGGGCAGGAUCGGCCCGAAGGAACCGUGCUGCUGAAGUGCAUAAUCUGUCAGAAAGGAGACGAAGAGAUAGGAUCAAUGAAAAGAUGAAGGCAUUGCAACAACUCAUACCUCACAGUAACAAGACAGACAAAGCAUCAAUGUUAGAAGAAGCAAUCGAAUACUUGAAAUCUCUUCAGUUACAACUUCAGGUUAUGUGGAUGGGAUCUGGCAUGGCACCAGUGAUGUUUCCAGGAAUUCAGCACUAUAUGACACAAAUGGGUAUGGGAAUGGCUACACCUUUUCCUCCUAUUCACAAUCCGAUGCAAUUGCCAAGAAUGCCAGUUGACCAAUCCAUAUCUAUGUCUCAGACACCAAACCAGACAUCAAUGUGCCAAACUCCUAUUUUGGGUGCCUUUAAUUACCAAAGUCAGAUACAAAAUCCAGCUCUUUCAGAGCAAUAUGCUCGUUACAUGGGCUAUCAUCUUAUGCAAAAUGCCUCUCAGCCAAUGAAUGCAUUCAGAUAUUGUCCCCAGGCAGUGCAACAUAGUCAAACAAUGAUUCCGCCAAGCAAUAGCAGUGGACCCUUGGCUGGAGCAACUAAUAUUGAUGAUUCUGUGAGUGGCAAAAUGGGUUAAUUAGUUUAGAAGCAUGCUUAUGAGGACCUCCGGAGUAAAUAACAAGAUAAUUGCAAGAUGAAAGAAGCCCUUUAUGCUUUCACAGUUUUCCACCUUUAACUAAACAGCAGUUACAUCCUUGGUUGGAGGGUUUGGCUGGUGGAAUCAACCCUGCAAGAGCCAAGUUUUACUCUAAAUUUGUAUAGUUUGGUGGCAAUGAAAUUUUUAUCUAAUUUAGAGUGUGUUGUCUAACUUUGAGAAAUUGUAAUAGAUAGGUCCUUCAUUAUGGGCCAAUUUUGUUCUUAGCUCUUAUGCUCCAUCAGGUAGAGAAUAUAGUACUGUUUGUAGAUCUGGGAAAGUAACAUGAUGAGCUAAUUUUGUUGCUGAAAUAGGCAAUGAUUCUUUCUGAACUUCUCA